UGUUUGUUUUUUGUGUUCCAGCUCAGUGCACAUGGAAGAGUCCUCAGUAAUGCAGGGAGCCCAAGGGGUCCUGGUUCAGAACUGGCCUACUGCAUCCAGCGCCGCUGAUGCUGAAGGGGGAGAGGUGUCCCCUCCAAUGGGUGCUGGUGUAGAUAGCAACAGCUGGCACUUUCGCUAUGGCCCCGGCGGUCCUGGCGCCCCCCCCCAGCACCUGAAACCUGGCGAGGUUCCCCCAGAAGCCUUCAUCAUCCCCGGCUCCCCCGCCAUAAUAUCCAUCAGACAGAACCAGGGAGGAGAGGACGACAAGAGCGAUUUCAUCACCUUUGGAAAGAAAGAGGAGGCCAAGAAGAAAAAGAAGAAGAAGAAGGAGAAGAAAGACAAGAAGGAUAAGGGCAAGGAUGAUGGAGAUGAGUAGCGGAGCAGAAAGAGAAAAUAGCGAAGAAGAAAAGGGUGUUGUUAAAACAGAGGUACCAACUAAAGUCCACUGGGCAAAAAGAAAAUGUGAAAACUAUUUAGACUACUUAGAUUUUCCAAGUUCAUUUUGUUAUCUAUUUUCACUGAUAACAUUUUAAAGCUCUUUCUGUUAUGAACUUGGCCUUACCAAGAUUUAUUUUACCUUCAGCCCCUCACUGAGGUAAAUUAUUGAUCUUGCCUUGAUAAACAAUAAAACGAUUGAUUUUGCUCCACGCCCCUAUGUGCCUAUACACCCAGAGUCAACUCAUGUCAGUCAUUUCUUCCAAUUAAGAAGGACCACUCUUUGCCCUCGUCUUGAAUUGUUCCACCUUUAACCCACUGGGCACGUUGGCACCUCUGUCUUACCCCCUCCCCAACUAUGAUGUGUAAACCAUUCUCUCUGAGAGAAGACAAAUACUUUGUACAAGAACAACAAAAAGCUCUGUGCCAGCCAAGGAAAAGAAGAAAGACAAAGAAGAUUGAGACAGAUGCAUGCCAUCUGGAGCUGGACACACACUACUUGUAAAUAGCACAGGAGAGAGUCACUGAAACUAAGGCGAACAAGACACUGCUGCAGAUUCCUCUGAUAAUUACCAACAGUGUUUCCUGAGAUCUCAAUGAAACCACAUGCACACACACGCAUGCUCACAUAUUCAAACAUGCCAACACAUACACACACUUAUCAUGACAAAGUAGACACGGAAAGCACUUGAGGGAGAGAAAUAAAAAAAGGAGAACAUCAAAUUUCAAAGAAAUGUGCUUAAAACUAGACACUGCAAACUUUCUGCCCUGCACAGUUGCUUUUGCGGUGCGCAUGUGUCCAUCAACUCUCUCAGGAUGGAAGCAGCAUCCUUUGCAAUCACGCUGUAUUUGCUCACUGCAUUUGAAAGACACGUAGAGCUUCAUCUCCAGUCAGAGCCGCAACGAAGAAUGCAGAGAGCAUCGGAAAGAUGAAGAGAUGGAAGGAUACCUCAAAUUCUCCUGAGGAUCACAGAGGGAGAGGCCAGCUGAGCUGGCUUGUGACUCUGCUUUCAGUCAGUGGACUCUAAUGAAACCGUAAAGAAUAUUAGGAGAGUCUCGAGGUUUUGAUAACACCUUCUCUUCUCCCCCUGCUGCAGCAAAAGCCUAAUGCUUUCUGCUUUGAAUGUUUGGUAGCAACCAAUCCUUACCUGAUACCUUGAGUUUACAACUGCUCAUCUGCUUGUACUUGCCCUAAGCUGCAACGAGCCACAUUCUCCUCCCCCAACUGCCUUUUUCUCCACGGUCACGCAUCCCACUGACUGCCUCUUCAUGUGAUGAUGAAGUUUGUGAACUUGUUCUGUUUUCAUUUAUUCUCUAAAGAGAUUCACUAUUACAUACUCUGGCUUUUUUUCUUUUCUUCCUCAUAGCUUUAACUGCUUUUUGCAUGUCAUGCCCACUUCCAUCUACCCUCAAGACACUGCACCUAACCCCCACUCUGACCCCUGCUCAGGAUCGAUCCUGGGAAUGGCCUGCUCUGAACAUUGUGGUGUGCUGAGAACAGCAUGGAGUAAUGUGGAUGAGGCCUGGGGAAUCCCAGUCGUGGGUCUACGCCCUGAACUCUUGUCAGAUGUCUCUCUAAGUGCACAACGGUUCAGUGCUUUUAACUUGCGAGUACUACAGCACGCUGUUCAUUUCCUGUUUGUAGCCACUGAAGGAGACAGGUGCCGUGGGCUGACCCUCCCCCUACAUGUACAAGAGAAGAAAGCUGUUCUCCAAAUUGAUUGUUUAGGAUCGUUGAGUCACAUACUAGCUUUUAUGUACGCUGUAAAUGUAGCGUAGACUUUUCAUAGAUUGUCUCUAUAUAAGUCAUUGAAGCCUGCUAGAAAUACGGGCAUCUAUGGAUUUGCAUCCCACAGCUAUAUCCCACCAAUCCUCUCUCAGGAGGUUUUGAAAAAGGGGCACACACAUGCCUCAAGACCUGCUUCUGUUGGUUCCCCUCCCCUGCCUGUAACUUGUUGCCACGUCCCCAAAGUUUUGCGGCUCAGUAUGACGUCACUCCAUUAAGUGGCUGCUGCAUGUACUGCUCUAAGGAAACACAUAAUAUAGAGAGAAAUAUAUAUAAAUAGAUAGAUGGCUAUGAUUUUAUUCUUUUGUAUUAUCAUUUUUCUUCAUUACUCGCACAGGAGAUAUUUGUAUGUACUUCUGUCUGCCAAACAUCUAUGUAUUACAAUCUUCACGCUCCACAGAUGUUGUAUGGCAUCCACUAAACCUCUUUAGAUAUUUGUAAAUGCUAUAGUGUAAUACCUUUCAACAAAGUUUAUUCUUUUUCUUUUUCCAACUAUGAGUUUUGUUUUUGAGAACAAGCAAAGCAAGAAAAAAAAAGAAAAAAAAACACUCUCUGUCCGGCUUUGACAUGACGAUCUAACUAACACUUGUAAUAUUGUAACUGAAAUAUGUAUGAUCCUAUGAUGAGCUAUCACUUCCCUUUCACUCUAAAAAAAAAGAAAAUGACUUAAAAAAAAUAUUCCAGUGUAAAAAUACCUAUAUGUAGUGUAUGCUUGUGUUUAGUGAGCGUUCAUGCUGUCAUUCUUUCCCAAUGUAUGGUGGUGAACUAUGGUGGCAAUGUGCUGUCCUAAAUGGACUAGCCCAGAUCUGUUGUA